AUGAUUUAAUCAAAAAUGAUUGAAAAAUAAGAAGAACUUCAUAGUUGUUUAAAGCAUAAACUUCCAAUCCUUAUGGUUGCUUUUGAUACAACUUUAAAGAGGAAUGAGAGACUUUUAUGCUGUUAAUGCAUGGAAAAUCUUGGAUCAAAAGCCCAACUAAUGAGUUUCAAAAAGGUUGUAGAGAUUAUAGAGGAAAAUCAAAAAUAAAAGUAUGAAUUAGUUGGGAAUGUGAUAACGAUCACCAUCAAAAGAAUUGAAGAACUCUAAUAAAAUCUUGUUUCAUUAAAAUCUGAAAUUGUUUAAUAAUUAGAUUAAUUAAUUAGAGUUGUUGAUGAAUAGAAAAAUCAUAUAAUACAAACUGGAUAAUAAAAUGUUACUUAUAGUUUUCAUGAUGAAUUGGAUAAUCUAGUUAAGGAAAAAAGAUAGGAAGAAUUCAGUUAGAAAACAUUAUUUGACCAAAUUGGUUAAAUAUAAUACUAAUGGAAUCAAAAAAUUGAAAAGAAAUUAAAUUUAUUUAAAUCAUUUUAAGAAAGUUAAAAAUGUUUAGAAAUAUUAAAAUAGUUAAGUAAUAUCAAUGAAACACAGAAGAUUACAGGAGAGCAAAUAUUAGAAAAAGUAAAUAAUGAAAUUAUGAUAUAGACAUACAAGGAUGUGAUUUAGGUUGACAAUAAAUAGAAAUAAUAGGUAUUAACUAUGUCUCAAUCCGUGUAAUUAAAUUUGAUUGAUAAUCAAUUUUAAUAGAAUGGAUAGUGUUAAGCAAUUGUGUUCAAUAGGGAUGGAUCAAUUAUGAUUUCAACUUAUGAUUGUGAGGUUAAAAUAUGGAAUUUUGAAAAAGGAAGAUUUAAAUUAUCUAAUUCUUAUAAUAAACAUAGCAAUCCUAUCUAUUGUUUAGUGUAUAGCAAAAAGAUAAAUAACUUUAUUUCUGGUUGUGGCUCUGGGGAAAUUAUAUGUUGGAAAUAAAUUAAUUAAAAUGAGUGGAAAUGGUCAUAACCAUCCAAAGAGCAUAAUGCAUGUGUUAUGUGUUUAUUGUUAAAUAAAUAAGAGGAUCAGCUUAUUUCUGGAGGGAAUGAUCAUCGUGUAAUUGUAUGGUAAGUAGAUUUUACAAAAAAUGAUCUGAAAUUUCUUUAUUCUUUAGAUAUGCAUAGCAAUUGUGUAGAAUCACUUAGUUUUAAUUAAUCCGAAACUAUAUUGGCAUCCUGUGGUUAUGAUCAAUUUAUAAUAUGGGGGAAAGGAUUAAAAGGAAAUUGGGAAUAUAAAUAUAGAUAAAAUGUUUCAUCUGGAAGUAAAAUCUAUUUCGUUAACGAUUAAUAAUUCCUUUGGGUACCUAGUGCUGAGUAAAAGAAUGAUAUUUUUGUAUUUGAAUUGUAGAAUGGAGUUUUUAAAUAGAAUUACAAUAAAACCAUCUCUUUAAUUGAGAAUAAUGAAUGUGAGGAUUAAAUAUUGUUUCCAAUUAUGCAUAUUAAAGAUAGAAACAUGAUAUUAGUAAGACAUAAGCAUCAUAUCUAUUUGAUUAGACGAUUAAAUGAUGGCACAUUUAAUAUUGUUGCAUCACUAAACUCAUAAACUACAUGGACUUAUGGAUCUAUGACCAAUGAUGGCUAAUAUUUAGUGUUUUGGGAUAUGGAAAAUAAAAAAUACUCAUCAUAUGAGAUAAUAUAUAAAUGA